AGUUUAUAGGCGCACUACAUUUUCGCGUGCGGCACAUGUGCAGUAGGGCCGACCGCCCCUCCGCAUUUUUCCACGGAAAAACGAACGACGGCUGACUUGAUUGCAAUUGCGGACGACGUUAGUUUAGCCAAAGUUAGUCGCACAUCUAAAAGGCGCUAUAUAUGCUUCUGCUUCCUCCACGGGGGAAAAAAACACGCAACAGCGGUAUCCAGUGUCUCCUGUAUGUUUGAUACGCACAUCAUCUCUUUUUCAGUCUCUCGGAAGGUGUUAAAUGUUUCUGGUGCUGGUGAGAAACAGUCUGUCCUCACAAUCCCUCUUACCUCCUCUGAGCUGAGACUGAAGGCUGUAUAUCUCUCAGAAUGGUUGCUGAGGCAGAUGCGGCGUCUCAGGGCAGCGGUAUGCGGCUGAAACAGGAGAUUUCCCUUCUCCAUGGGGUCUGUCUCAUUGUGGGGAAUAUGAUUGGUUCUGGCAUCUUUAUUGCACCUAAGGGGGUUCUUAUGUACACAGGCUCAUUUGGCCUGUCCCUGGUAGUGUGGGCCAUUGGAGGGAUAUUUUCUGUGUUUGGAGCACUGUGCUAUGCUGAACUGGGCACCACCAUCCGAAAAUCUGGAGCCUCCUAUGCCUAUAUCCUGGAAGCCUUUGGAGGCUUCUUGGCUUUUAUUCGACUGUGGACAUCAUUGCUGAUAGUGGAGCCAGCCUGUCAGGCAGUGAUAGCCCUGACCUUCUCCAGCUACCUGGUCCAGCCCUUCUUCCCCACCUGUUUCGCCCCUUAUGACAGCGUCCGCCUCAUUGCUGCUGCCAUCAUAUGUUUGUUGACUUGUGUAAACUGUAUGAAAGUGAAAUGGGGCGCUGUCCUUCAGGUCAUCUCCACCGUAGCAAAGGUCCUGGCUCUCAUCAUCAUCAUUAUUACCGGCCUGGUUAAGCUGGCACAAGGUUUUGACCAGAACUUUCAGGAUUCAUUCAAAAACUCCAAGCUGGACCCUGGUAACAUGGCCUUGGCCCUUUAUUCAGCACUGUACUCCUACUCUGGCUGGGACACACUCAACUUCAUCACAGAGGAGAUUAGGAACCCAGAGAGGAAUCUACCCUUGUCCAUCGCCAUUUCCAUGCCCCUCGUUACAAUAAUCUACAUCUUGACCAAUGUGGCGUACUACGUUGUCAUGGAUGUAGACAAAGUGCUCAGCAGUGAAGCCGUCGCUGUGACAUUUGCAGAUGAGGUUUUGGGCUGGGCUCGCUGGCUGAUCCCUCUGUCUGUGGCCAUUUCCUGCUAUGGGAGCCUGAACUCGUCCAUCAUUGCUGCCUCCAGGUUGUUUUUUGUUGGCUCCAGAGAAGGCCACCUACCUAAUGUCCUGUGUAUGAUCCACAUUGAGCGUUUCACUCCAAUUCCUGCCCUACUUUUCAAUGGUGCCAUGUCGCUGUUGUACCUGUCUGUGCCUGACGUUUUCCGGUUGAUCAACUACUUCAGUUUUAACUACUGGUUGUUCAUUGGCCUGUCAAUAGCCAGUCUGAUCUAUCUUCGAUUCAAAGCUCCUGAUCUUCACCGACCUGUUAAGCUGUCUUUGUUCUUCCCAAUUGUCUACUGUAUCUGCAGCAUAUUCCUGGUGGUUGUGCCCCUCUACAGUGAUACCAUCAACUCUUUAGUGGGAAUUGCUGUGGCGCUGUCUGGUGUACCAGUCUACUUCAUUUGUGUCCGCUUGCCACACAGGUCCAGACCAGCCAUCCUCAGCAAAAUACUCAAUAAGAUCUGUCUGUACACCCAGAAACUGUGCAUGUGCUGUGUGACCUCGCCUGAUAUUGAUCUGGACAACAUAGACCCUGACAAGAUGGAAUGAUGGAACCACAAAGGACUGUAGUGACACAUAUUAUGGAGACAUGUGAAGGGGAUGGACAAAGGAAACUGAACUGGAGAGUAUGGGAGAUUCGCAUGAGUAAGGCUUGAUUGAUUAAAGGAAGAGGACAGAGAAACUGGACAGAUUAGUUCAUCACACCUCGUCUUCUCCCCCUCAUACACCAGCAAUAUGAAAAACAGUAGAAUUUUAUUUUUAGAAUGAAUUGAGGUUUUGUAUAUAACCCUUCAUCAAACACCACGGUACAGAUGAUGGACACUAGUUCAAAUGUUGGCACACAUGCAGUGCUGAUUGUGCAGUUCCUUCCACAUAAACUGCAACUCACACACAAAUAAACUGACCCUCAGCCCAAUCCAGAAGGGGCCGACUCAGCAGAUAUGCUUUUGAUUUAUUUAUUUGUAGACAUGAGGCAGGUGUAUCUGUAUACAGGUGGAGUUGAAAAAGUUCAUUACAAGUGAUGCAUUCUUUCCACUGGUAUACAGUAAAUGGAGUGAGCAAGUGCAGCCUCUGAAUGUGUAGAAAUGUUACUGCAGUUCAGCCAAACAGACAAUUUGUCAUCAUUGGAAAAAUAUCUACAUGCCUGUAGAUGAAUAAUUACCUAAUGAUUCACAAGCAUUGAUUAGAAAUUUGAUUUGCCAUCUAAUAUAGUGUUGGAAAUUACUGGUUUGGGCAAACACUUGACAGCAGAGCUAGGAUCCUCUCGUGACCAGUCUGUGAAUGUUUUGCUAAGGUUACAUUAACAUCAGAUGGGGGGGGGGGUUAUUUUAGAGUGCAAGCUGAUUGUGAUGUGUGUGUCUGAACGGUUUUCCAGAAGGAGCGGCAAUAAUGCAUCAUCAUACAUUCCUCUCGGUGCAUCCUGCUGUUGUUCCAUCCGAGCAACACACAUGAAAUGUUUCUUCUCUCAGCCAAAUGUUGUGAAUGCAUAUAUUUGAUUCCUGGUGCCUCCUAGUAGUAGCAGCUAUCAAUGCACAAAGUCACUGCAACUUCUGUGUUUCAUUCACGCUAUUGUCAGCUGUCAGUAUGUUUUUUUUGUUGUUUUUUUUUUGCCAUUUACAAACACACUGAGAGGAAGUUAACUUGUGUAUCACGGACAUGAAUGAGAUUUUAAACGUUUAAACUCGUGUGCUACUGUUAUUGUAUCUUGGAUUAGGCAAAUGUCCCUGUUGUGCCCUUUUGAGACUUUGUAGGUACAUGUGCUGAUGUUCUGACGUUGAUUCUCGUCUUUUUACCCACUACUGUGAUAUUUAAUCUAUUGUUGCCUUUGAAUAUUUCACCAACUUAGACUGUGUUUUCAUUGUGUAACCAAAGGCCUCAGCCGUGCUGAUAGUUCGGCCAAUGUUGUGCUCAGUGUAGUGAGUUUAUAGCAGUCUCUCUGCAUACCUUUUGAGAAAUAAUAGCUGGGUGUAUGUUGAACUACAGGGAGACAUGAGUUCAACUCUGUUUCCGUUGUACUGUAGUCCUUUUAAACUGUAUGUGCCUUCUGUGAGAGUGAGCUACAAAGGGCCUGGUCUGUUUUUGAUAGUGUUAUGUAGUUUUUGUCUACAGUGUCUGCGCACAAUCAUAUAGACACAACUAUAGGGUUUAUCAAAAGCUUUUCAGGUUGUGAUUUUUUUUUUUUUUUUUUUUUUUUUUUUUUUUUUUUUUUUUUUUUUUCUAGCUGAAGCAGCUUCAUUAGCUAAAUGUUGUAGUUGACUAUCAGCUGGAAAAAAAAUGAAUCCGAACCAUAUUUAGUGUUGACAAGCACUUUCACAGCGCCAGCCAACAGGCGCACACAGAUGUUUAACUUUGCCUUCUAAUGGGCCAGUCAUUUAAAUGACACCAGCCAGCUGUGUGUCUGUGUUGGGAAGGAAACUAUCAACUGCAGUAAACAUGGUUAAUAUGUAAAUCUAUUUCCAUCUAAUGUUGGACAGGAAACGCCGGAUUUGAGUGUUGGAGUAUAAUGUGUAUUUGUUAGGUUUCACUGGUUACCAAAUGUGAGUGGUUGGGUUGUGCGGUACAAUGUUUCAGGUAUUCGUAGAAUUGUCUUUGCCUUGUUUGCUGUUUAUUA